CAACAAUACUGGCUCCCCGGCUACGGUCUCUCCCGCGCCAUCGUCCUCGGCCAGAUCCAGUACUUCCUGGGUCCAGCGGCAACGGCGCGGCCGUAUUCCUACCAGGGCCGAGACGGCUACCUCAUCACCGGUGUCCCAUUGACGAGGAACCAGAUCGACGAUCUAUCAGCCAUGUCUCGCGAAUACGAACGGCAGGAAUCCCUGCGCAUG